UUCAUUUGAGCCAAGGUUUCUCACCAUUUACCAGGAAGCCUGUUUGUCUGUGGCACUGUGUUUGCAAACUAAGAAUGCUGUGUGACAAAGAAGUCGUCCAUACAGAUGGCCAAAGUGUGGUGCUGGUGAUCUACAUCCUCACCUUCCUGAUUGGGUUCCCGACCAACAUGGUGGCCUUCUACACCUUCUGCAAGAAGGUGACGCAGAAAACUAUGCCUAUUGACAUCCUACUCCUGAACCUGACAGUCUCGGACCUCGUCUUUCUGCUCUUCCUGCCCUUCAAGAUCAAGGAGGCAGCGGACAACAUGAUAUGGAAGAUGCCUGACUUCCUUUGUUCAUUGACUAGCUUCAUCUUCUACACCACCAUCUACAACAGCACCUUCUUUCUGACCGCCAUUAGUGUCGAUCGCUACUUGAGUGUGGCCUUCCCCAUCCAGUACAAACUCAAAAGACGACCUUUGUAUGCCAUAGGGGCCAGCUUCUUCUUCUGGGUGAUCUCCAUGGCACACAUCAGUAUUGUCUACAUCAUGCAAUACAUUGAUCAAUCCAACACCAACACCAACAGUACCCAGAAAGAUCCUUGCAGAUGUUAUGAGAACUUCACCCAAGAGCAGCUCAAGGUCCUAAUGCCUGUCCGUCUGGAAGUCUUCCUUGUGCUUUUUUGUGUUCCUUUUCUCAUCUGCUGCUUCUGCUACAUCAACUUUGUGUGGAUCCUCUCCCAUAGGCCCAACAUCAACCCAAAGAGGCGCCUGCGGGCCAUUGGCCUGUCUCUGGGGACCCUGCUGGUGUUUAUUGUCUGCUUCGCACCCUUUAACCUGUCACACAUGGUGGGCUUCAUUAAAUGGGAGAGUCCCUCUUGGCGGGUGGAAGCAGUCUUAACCAGUACCAUCAACGCAAGCCUGGACCCCAUCAUCUUCUACUUUUCCUCGUCGGCUCUCAGGGCUACUUUCCACUACCUCAUUAAGAGCCUGAUGCAGGUGUUGUGCUGUGGCUGUAAGGCUGUCCACUCCCCCCUGUUAUUCUGCUCCAGAACCCAAGACAGCAGAGAAAACCCAAGUAGCAGCUCAUUGUAGGGUGUAGUGUUGCCAUAUGCUGCACGUCUAACAUGUCCACUGGGCUAGUUAUGCGUUGCCCUAUUCAACAUAUUCUUCACACUUAAGAUUCUACUAAAAGGGCAGAUAACUAUUGUGAACAGUUGUGGGGGAACAACCUAACCAAAAAUGUUGAAUGGGCGAGACAGGUGGAAAUAAAAUGAGUAAUAAAAUAGUAUUUAUAUAGUAUUUCUUUGGUCAAACAAAAACAUAAACACAGUCUUCCCACAACAAGUGGGACCUGUUUCAAAGGGGUCAAGUAUUAAGGUAAAGCAGCAACAUGUUUUUUAUUCUUAAUUUUGCAAACUUGUAAAAACUAUUUUCAAACAUGGAGUUACCUGUGUAGUAGUAAAAAGAUUUGCAAACAUGGAAUUACUUUUGUAGUUGUAAGAAAGAUUUGUAUGCUUGUAACUAACUUGAUAUUUGGAAUCAUGCAACUCAUUAAUUACACUUGCCAAUGUAGAAUUUGGACACACAGGAUUUUCCCCUAGACCUACAAGAAAAUGCUUAUUAUUUGUAAACGACAAUCUGCGGUCGUAGGUUUUACAGCGUUUGCAAGCGGAGAUACCCAUGAGAACUCCAAUUGGCAUGACAUAGCUUUUUCUGACAAAUUAACUGAGUAGAUUCUGGAACAUGCAGCGCCAUUGUUUUAACUCAUAGUGAGGCAGAAAAGGAAAAACAGUCUCAGCAUGGUCGGCUUCUCCUACCCGCUUGUACCUCAGUUUAUGAUACUAUCGACCGAAAUAGUCGACGCGUCAUAAUCCCCAUUUAACCUAGCGGCAAAAUGAUAUACUGGCUAGUUUCCGGUUCGUUUCACAUUUCCCCAUACAUUUUUCCCAUAAGCGAUUUUAGAAUCGCUUCAUAUAAGGUCUGCGUUUUGUGUGGACUUACGCCACAUUGCCGUUUUGAUAACCGUUUAAAUCUUGUCAGAACAAGGUGACGAAUGUCAACAUAUUUGCUUAAAUGACCCCUAUAAAUGUGUACAUGCUAAUUAGCAACAUAGCUUACCUAAUGUAAGACUACAAGUCUCUAAAGUAAACUUCUGUACGUCAUUUCUAACCUUAGUUAAUGUUGACCAUUCCAAAAUCCUUGUGCUUGUGCUGAAGUGUUACAUAUCUUCCGUUCUCUUUCUAUGUUCUGGCUGGGCCAUUCCAAAACGUUAAUCUUCUUCUGGUGAAGCCAUGCUUUUGUGAAUUUGGAUGU